AUGCCUGCUUCUACAGCUAUCACAACUCAUGGAGAUUAUACCGACGCUUGGGUUAGGGAUAAUGUAUAUUCAAUUUACGCGGUCUAUGGUUUAGCUUUAGCUUAUCAAAGGAUCGAUGAUAGUACAGGAAGAGCAUUUGAGCUUCAAUAUUCGGUUAUCAAACUUAUGCGGGGUCUGUUAUUUGCCAUGAUGCGCCAAUCACACAAGGUAGAACAGUUUAAACAGACGCAGGCUUUAGAACACGCACUUCAUGCAAAAUAUAAUACAGCCACGGGUGAAGCUGUUGUAGGAGAUUUUGAGUGGGGACACUUGCAGAUUGAUGCAACAAGCUUAUUCAUUUUAGCACUAGCAGACAUGACCACAGCAGGAUUCAGCAUUAUUUAUACUCAGGAUGAGGUUGAUUUUGUACAGAAUCUUGUGUUUUAUAUAGAACGCGCGUAUCGAACACCGGAUUACGGUAUUUGGGAAAGAGGAAACAAGAUCAAUCAUGGACAGCCCGAGCUUAAUUCUUCAUCCAUUGGUAUGGCCGUAGCCGCACUACGCGCGAUUGAUGGUGUUAACCUGUUUGGUGUUCGUGGUGGCUCUUCUACAGUCAUUCAUGUCUUGCCUGACGAAUUGACAAGGAAUUCAACCAUCUUACUUAGCUCUUUACCCCGAGAAUCAAACUCUAAAGAAAUUGACGGCGCCUUACUUUCUGUUAUUGGAUUCCCAGCAUUUGCAGUUGAUAAUCCGGAUCUAAUCCAACAAACACGAACUGAGAUUAUCAAGAAACUGGAAGGAAAGUAUGGUAUGAAGCGUUUCCUUAGGGAUGGUCAUCAGACAGUGUUGGAAGAUACCAGCCGACUGCACUAUAACGCUAAUGAACUUGAAGUAUUUGAAAACAUUGAAUCCGAGUGGCCUCUGUUCUUUACAUAUCUCGUCCUUGACGGUUUGUUCACGGGCGACUUGUCACUUGCAGAGGAGUACCGUAAAAAGCUGGAACCACUUGUGACGACAAAGGAGGGCCAAGAGGAUAUUCCUCUAUUACCUGAGUUGUAUUACGUUCCCCGAGAAUCCAUUGAAGCUGAAAAGGCAGACCCUCAUUCGCAACAACGCGUACCGAACGAUAACGUACCUCUUGUCUGGGCUCUGUCACUUUAUUUCUUGGGUGGUCUUAUUACGGAACGUUUAGUUUCGCCAUCUGAAAUUGAUCCUAUGGGUCGCCGGUUCACAAAGAUGCAUAAGGAAAACUUGAUUCAAAUCGUUUUACUGGCUGAAAACAGAAAACUGCAAUCGACACUUUUGACGUACGGCAUAGAGACGCAGACAUUAGAACAGAUACCUUCAACUACGACCAUUUUACCUGCUCAGGCUUUAGUAGACGUCUAUGCUGGGUUAGGUUUGAAUACCAAGCUGGCGAUGAGCGGAAGACCCAAGAGACCUAUUGGUGUUUUGGGAACAUGUCGCCUGUACAAGAUUGAAGGCCAACUGUAUGCAUUUACCCCUCACUUUAUGGACAACAAUGAGUUCUACAUCAACUCGGAUCCAGACUAUCUCGUGUCCGAAUUUGAGAACGAACUAAACUUUACGAACCGAAACUGGUAUUAUGCCGGACGUCCGACCAUGGUUGUCCUCUUGACGCAUGAUCUCUUGGGAGCUACGCGCAGGCAAAACAAUAAAAACCUGCUUAAUUUCUUUAGUAGUCUCCGUAGUGGUGCUGCUUGUCAGGGUAACGUCGGUGUCCGUCUUUGUCGACUGGCUGAGACGAUCAACACAAGCAACAUUGAGUCUCUGGACUUUUUGGCUCAUAAGCCCGAGGUAGACUGGUCCGCAAUUGUCGCUCAUGCAUCUGUCAAUAAGACGGAUAAGAGGUUGGGGUAUAAUGAAAGUAUGACGCAGGCCAGUACGCCAGGUCAUCGCACACCUCACGGAGGAAGAACGCCCAAGCGAAAGCACACGACUACAUUCUAUGGGAAAUCACUCGUGUCUCCUCUUGAUAAGUUGAAUGGCACUUAUUUUGAUGAACUAGCUGAUGCUCUCUCCAAACUCAAGACCGAGCAGUUCAAACUCAAGGAACCUGCAGUGCUCUGUGAAUCUCCCGCGGAAGAACAAGAGAAAAGGACGGGCAUUAUUCAUAAACCAGAUGUCGGGUCACCAAACGAAAUGCUCGCAUUGACUUUAGGCGAUGACUCUCAGUUCAACCAGGCUGUAGACAGUUUAUCAGCAUCUGUGAAUUUAUAUGAUCAAAUAGGUAAAGAGGAAGAAAAAAAAGGGCCCAUGAACUACUAUAUUCAAGAAAUCGAAGCUACUAUUCAGGACUUGGUUGAAGAGGUCUACUUGAAAUCCAAGAGGCUUCAAUACUGGUCUAUUGCUCGACAGGCUGCUGGACUGCUUCAUAAAACUGUACCUUCACUUACAAUUAACAUUACAGAUCUUGUUAUUCGUCAAAAACAAGUCAGUAUUGGCUCUGGACCUUUAGAAUAUUUCAUCUCUAUGCCUGUGGCUCCAGAUACUCUUAACAAGAUGAUUUCUGAUCAUUGUAAUGAUGAUGUUCGAGAGGGGCCUAUCGUGCAAGAAAUUGUUACCAACUUGGGCAAUUUGAUCCGUACACAACCAUACAUGUUUGAAGGCAUUCUCCGUUUACGUACACACUAUAUUAUCAUUGCACUUCGAGAAGAGAUCAGCCGUACUCGACACUUUGACGAGGAAGAAGCUGUGGAACAUUUGAUGCAGCUGUCUCCAUUUGAAUUAAAAACAUUGCUAAGCACUAUUCUUUCUGGACCUGCCCUUUGUGCAGUGGAUGAGCAACAACAGCUUCAGCAAGAAUCUAGCAGCUAUAUUCCUUUAGUCAUGAAAGACUCUGAGGUGGUAAUCAAAGCACAGUCUGGUGGAUACUAUGCUGGAAAUUUUGCCAAAGUUGAGAUCAAUAGUACAAUAAUGGAAGCAGGCUCGAGAGGUAUUCAUGCUUGGGUUAUUGACCUUGAAAAGAGAGUCAUCCUUGAGCGCGAGUCGUUUGAUACCCACAUUUCUGAAGAGGAAAGUCAAGCCUUUGUAGGCUUUUUGAACACACUCAAGCCAGGUACUGUGGUCAUCAUGGCAUCCAAGGAUGAAUUUACAGAACAUUUGACGGAUGAAGCCCUGUUUACGAUGGAACAGUUGGGAAGCACCAGGAUUCGGCAAGUCAGUUAUCGAGACUCUUAUGUCUUUAUUGGAGAAUUAGGCGUGCCACAAAACUCAUUAGAGGCGCACCAAGCGUCAAUGAACGGUCCAACCGAGAUGAUUGAAAAGAUCAUUUCAUUGGAAAAACGGGACAUGGACACCAAGGAAGUAACAGUAGACACCAUCCAUUACUACUUCCCCAAUUCCAAUGGUCGCUGGCUUCAUCGUCGUAAGAACGAUGGAUCUCUUAAUCGAGUCCCCUCUCUGCAGUUUUUCCCUCAGGUCUGGUCUAUUCUUGACCAGUCAAAAGGAUUAAUCAUCAAGAGCCAUACUUUACCAAGAGAUCCAAUUGUGCUCGAAAAGACACCUGAGGAGUUCAAUUUUGCUUUGGCUGUAGAGUCCUUUUUGGGAUGGUUCAGUGACCCUGCUGAGCGACAAAUAGCAGUCGAGAUCUUAACUAUUGCUUAUGAGCAGCUGCGCAAGCCGAUUAACAAGAUGCUUGACUUACCGCUCAUUAUUGAGACAUGUAUCAAGUCAUUCUGGGCUAAAUGGAUAGACAUUAAUAGAGAAAAGCUUCAAGGUGCCUUGUUUAAGGACGGAACAGAAUAUGAAAAGCAUGUGGCCUUGGCACGUCGAUUAUUCUUUGAUUUGCCGUAUGAAGGAACUGAAAGUACAAGUGCAUAUAUAAGGCAGUGUUUAACGGAGUUUAUUUAA